UGGACGAGGACCUUAUACUUUCCCGCUGUCCCUCCUGCCAUGAAUGGUUGAGAAUCCCAUGGGUGGGUGACGUGAGCACUGGGAAGUAAACUUUGGGAAGAUUUGCUCCUUCGGUUCCAGUCCAGCCUGGAGGGAAGAGGGAUUACUGCAGCAGGCGGUAGGGGGCUGUGGGGGGACAGGACGAGGCUCAGUGGGAACCGAGACGCGCCUCUGUCACACCGAGGAUCACGGGCGGAUGCCAUGAGACGCAGUUGGACAGACCAGGAGUCUUCGAGUGACAUGGAUGAGACCUGACAGAAUCAGACCUGAGGAGACAGCUGAGGACAUGUGCUCAGGCACUUUGCAGAGGAACUGUUUGUUGUUGUCCACAUAGAUAGUAAUUAAGUGAGAUUACUGACUGAAUGGCCCUCUCCGCAGUCAUGGGAGUAUGGAUGUCCUCAGAAUGAUAUAUGGAGCUACAUGAAGAAUGCAUGAAGUACGUGUGCAUGAAGCUACCAUUUGAUGGGUACAUAGUAAAGGAAGUUCUUCAGCAGAGAAGAGACUUCUAGAAGAGUCUAAGUUCUACUCAUAUAAUUUACAUCUGGACCAAACUGACAUCUAAAGUCACAGAAGUAAGUGAGACAGAACCAUGGGCAGUAUUAUUGCUUCCACGUUAAACAUCAAUCCCAAUGCCACCGACAACACAACCCAGCCUGAAAGCUGGGAGGCCUCCUAUAUAAAAAAACUGUCGCACGUUGACGAGGACCUCUAUCAGGACUUCUACGGCCUCUGGAUCACCCUCAUGGUGGUCAACACGCUCAUGUUCGUGGGGGGCGUCGUCCUCAACAGCCUGGCGUUGUACUUCUUCUGCCUGCGGACUCGCACCCCCACCGCCCCGGUGAUCUACACCAUCAACCUGGCGGUGGCCGACCUGCUGGUGGCGCUGUCGCUGCCGGCCCGCAUCGGCCUCUACUACAGCGGUGGGCAAUGCCAGGCGUGCGUGCACGUGCACACCUUCAGCUACUUCGUCAACAUGUACUGCAGCAUCCUCUUCCUCACCAGCAUCUGCGUGGACCGGUACCUGGCCGUGGUGUGGGCCGGGGGCGCGUCGGGCCUGCGCUGGAGGAGCCCCAGCGUGGCACGGGGGGUCAGUGCCGGCGUGUGGUUGUUCGCCGUGGUCAUCACCUACUCCCUGCAGACCACGGCGGCCAUGGAGUUCGGCGGCUCCACCUCCUGCUGCCGCAUGCCGCUGCUGUUUGCUCUGACCAUACUGGAGUUUGUGCUGCCACUGCUGGCCAUCGUGGGCUUCACCGUACGCGUGGCCUGCGCCCUGGCCGACCGGCGCCUCAUGCCGCAGAGCCGCGGCCGCCGGCUGCGGGCGGUCAGGCUGUUGGUGGCCGUGCUGGUGGUGUUCGCCGUCUGCUUCACACCGUUCCACGUGCGCCAGGCGGUGGUCUACUUCGGCCUGGGCGGCAGCCGGGCGCAACACGUGGUGGCCUACCACGCCACUGUCACGCUCAGCAGCCUCAACAGCUGCUUGGAUCCCGUGGUGUACUGCUUCGUGCCGGACGGUGUGCGCUCAGCGCUCCCCUGGCCAUACCGGUGGCCCGGGGGGAGAGGAGGGGGGGACGGAGGCGAGCAGCGCACCAGCGGAGUCGGAGGAGGAGGAGGGAACGGAGGAGGAGGUGGAGGUGUAGGGGAUGGAGAGGGAGGAGGAGACUCAGGCGUCGUUCAGCGGAGCCCCAAGGGACAGGGGACGGCCACGGGCGCUCUGGCACACUGUGUGGCCACACUGACACUCGGCCCGAGUGCUCUCUCGUCUGCAGAACUGCCAGUGUGAGGACGACAGACUGGUGAGCAGACACAGAAAUAGGCCAAACCUACAGUGAUGAAAGGAGAGAGAACGUCAUCAUCAUCAGCUCUGGUGGUGAGGGGAAGAGAUGGAGUACUUUUGGGCGUCAGGUCUAAUUUGGAGCUUUGAAACUGACCUGUACCCUGCACCUCCACCCGCAUGCUCGUUCUGAUCUACUUUUGACCUUUGACCUAUUAUUCACUGACCUGACCAAUAAACUUCACUGAACCCACUUUAUAAGCCUAAAAUGCAAUACCUCGGGAAAUGGCAUUCACUGUUCUGUGCAUCUUACACACAGAAAUAGGAUUUUUCCAGGGGAAGUUUCAGGCAAAUCUACAUAGUCACUUAUACAAAUUCCGGAGGGAAUAGUUUUGUUGUUUAUUUUUGUCCACACUUAUCUUAAUGGAUGAAUGAAAUCAUUUGUUUAUGAUUUCUCGAGGUCCCAACCCCACUGAAAUGGCAGCACUUUGAAAAUUCAGGCUGUUAACACUCCGAUGUUGGGUAGCUCUCUGAGUUGUUUUUUUCAAAGGCUUUUAACUUCCAACUGCUCUCUGCCAUCUUGCUUCACGUUUGGCAUUUACAAACUAAACAUUUUUAUGAUUUGUUUAAGACUUUUUUCCACUUAAAAGUAGAGGGCACACAUUAGUCUGCCACCCAAAAAGGGUUUCUUGCACACACGUAUAGUUCUUAGGACACCUGGUGGACAAAGUCACAUAGGGACAUAAAAAGACUAAGCAUUCAAGAUUAUAUUGUCUCCACCUGAAAAAUGUCUUUUUAAACAUAUGGAAAUUGAAUAGGAAAAUACAACAUACUUCCUCUGUGGCCAUAUUACGGUAAAUAGCUAGAAAAAAACAUGUAAAAAAGAUACAUGGUGUGUAAGCUAAUUUGUUUAUAAGGAACAUUUUUUGACUGCA